AUGGACGAAGCAGCAGAUGACUUGAAACAGGAUCCUCUGAAUGACUGUGAGUCCCUACAGAUCCAUGUAGAAGUUCAUCAGAAACCAAACAGCACUGUGAAGAAAGAAGAUAUCAAGGGGAGUAUCCUAAGAUUACUUAAUAGGCAUAACAUUGUCUUUGGUGAUUAUAAGUGGACCGAGUUUGAUGACACCUUCCUAACAAAUAAUGUGCAGUCUGUUGCAGUUGUGGAUACAGAGCUAAAGCUGAAGGAGAGACAGCCUAUUUACUUGAGCGACUGCAACCUUUUCAUUCAUAUUUUUCAUCUUAACGAAGAAGGCCCCAGUACUGAAAACCUGGAAGAAGAGAAUGAAAAUAUCAUUGCGGCCAAUCACUGGGUGUUACCGGCAGCUGAAUUUCAUGGUCUGUGGGAAAGCCUUGUUUAUGAACAUGAAGUUAAAUCAGACUUACUCGAUUAUGUGACCACAACGUUACUGUUCUCGGACAGAAACGUCAACAGCAACUUGAUAUCCUGGAACAGAGUGGUUCUAUUGCAUGGUCCUCCAGGAACUGGUAAAACUUCCCUGUGUAAAGCACUGGCUCAGAAGCUGACCAUUAGACUCUCGCAUAGUGGCAAACUUGUUACUAAAAUGUUCCAGAAGAUUCAUGAAUUCAUUGAUGACAAAGACACCCUUGUGUUUGUGCUGAUUGAUGAGGUGGAAAGUCUGACGGCCGCACGUAACUCUUUCCGGGCGGGUACUGAGCCUUCCGAUGCCAUCCGUGUGGUAAAUGCAGUCUUGACACAAAUUGAUCAGAUCAAAAGGUUUCCGAACGUAGUGAUCUUGACUACUUCAAAUAUCACGGAGAAAAUUGACAUGGCUUUUGUCGACAGAGCUGAUAUAAAGCAGUACAUUGGGCCGCCCUCCACUGCAGCGAUAUUCAAAAUCUACCUCUCCUGCUUGGAAGAACUGAUGAAGUGUCAGAUCAUCUACCCUCGACAGCAGCUGCUGACACUCCGUGAGUUAGAGGUGAUUGGUUACGUAGAGAACGACGUGUCCAAACUGAGUCUCGUUUUGAAAGAAAUUGCAAGGAAAAGUGAAGGACUCAGUGGCCGCGUCUUACGGAAACUUCCUUUCCUAGCCCACGCGCUUUACGUUCAAACUCCGAAUGUUGCAAUGGCCGCAUUCCUUCAGGCUCUGUCACUGGUGGUGGACAAGCAAUUUGAAGAAAGAGCCAAACUUUCAGAUUGUGUUUGACAUUUGCUUUCCUCCUCCAUAUUGCCUUAUGUAUAUAAAACCCUUCGUGGAAUUAUAUUGUUGGGAUGCUUGUCAUUUGGCAUGAUCCUUUGGGCUUCUCAGAAAGGACUGAUAAAAAUUUGGGGCAAGGACCAUUCAGGUCACCGAGCGUUUUUGUUUUUUCAAACAACAAUGAUCCCCAGUGUAACUUAUGCAUGAAAUAUUGUGUGACUGAGCAAUUGUUCUUCCUUGCCAUUGUAUAUACUGUUUUGUUUAAUUCCUGCUACGACUCCUGUUU